AUGUGGGCCCUGGGGUGCCGCCGCCGGCUCUGGACCCGCUGGGGGCUGCUGCUGCUGCUGCUGCUCGGGGUGCCCCCACGAGGCCUGGCGCCGCCACCCAUCCGCUAUUCCCACGCUGGCGUCUGCCCCAACGACAUGAACCCCAACCUCUGGGUGGAUGCACAGAGCACCUGCAAGCGGGAGUGUGAGACCGACCAGGAGUGUGAGACCUACGAGAAGUGCUGUCCCAACGUGUGCGGGACCAAGAGCUGCGUGGCAGCCCGCUACAUGGACGUGAGAGGGAAGAAGGGCCCGGUGGGCAUGCCCAGGGAAGCCACGUGCGACCACUUCAUGUGUCUGCAGCAGGGUUCUGAGUGCGACAUCUGGGACGGACAGCCCGUGUGCAAGUGCCGAGAUCGCUGUGAGAAGGAGCCUAGCUUCACCUGCGCCUCGGACGGCCUCACCUACUACAACCGCUGCUACAUGGAUGCCGAGGCCUGCUCCAAGGGCAUCACACUGGCCGUCGUCACCUGCCGCUAUCACUUCACCUGGCCCAACACCAGCCCUCCGCCGCCCGAGACCACCGUGCACCCCACCACGGCCUCCCCCGAGACCCCCGGGCUGGACAUGGCGGCCCCGGCCCUGCUCAACCACCCCGUGCACCAGUCGGUCACUGUGGGGGAGACGGUGAGCUUCCUCUGUGACGUGGUGGGCCGGCCCCGGCCCGAGAUCAGCUGGGAGAAGCAGCUAGAGGAUCGGGAGAACGUGGUCAUGUGGCCCAACCACGUGCGUGGCAACGUGGUGGUCACCAACAUCGCCCAGCUGGUCAUCUACAACGCUCAGCCCCAGGAUGCUGGCAUCUACACGUGCACGGCUCGGAAUGCUGCCGGGGUCCUGAGGGCGGACUUCCCGCUCUCAGUGGUCCGGGGGGGCCAGGCCGCGGCCACCUCCGAGAGCGGCCCCAACGGCACAGCCUUCCCGGCAGCUGAGUGCCUGCAGCCCCCUGACAGCGAGGACUGUGGUGAGGAGCAAACCCGCUGGCACUUCGAUGCCCAGGCCAACAACUGCCUCACCUUCACCUUUGGCCAUUGCCACCGCAACCUCAACCACUUCGAGACCUACGAGGCCUGCGUGCUGGCCUGCAUGAGUGGGCCGCUGGCCGUGUGCAGCCUGCCGGCUCUGCAGGGGCCCUGCAAGGCCUACGCGCCUCGCUGGGCCUACAACAGCCAGACGGGCCAGUGCCAGUCCUUUGUCUACGGCGGCUGCGAGGGCAACGGCAACAACUUCGAGAGCCGCGAGGCCUGCGAGGAGUCGUGCCCGGUCCCCCGUGGCAACCAGCGCUGCCGUGCCUGCAAGCCCCGGCAGAAGCUCGUCACCAGCUUCUGCCGCAGCGACUUCGUCAUCCUGGGCCGGGUCUCUGAACUGACCGAGGAGCCGGACUCGGGCCGCGCCCUGGUGACCGUGGACGAGGUCCUGAAAGAUGAUAAGAUGGGCCUCAAGUUCCUGGGCCGUGAGCCACUGGAGGUCACCCUGCUGCACGUGGACUGGGCCUGCCCCUGUCCCAAUGUGACGGCAGGGGAGACGCCACUCAUCCUCAUGGGCGACGUGGAGGGCGGCAUGGCCAUGCUGCGGCCUGACAGCUUCGUGGGUGCGGCCAGCGCCCGGCGGGUCCGAAAGCUCCACGAGGUCGUGCACAAGAAGACCUGUGACGUCCUCAAGGAGCUCCUGGCCUUGCCCUGA